AUGGAAGAGCGAACGGCAAAGAAGAGAAAUAAAUUGACCUCUGAAGGGAUAGACAAAUUAAGGGAUUUACCUGACGACCUUCUCCACUACAUCUUUUCCUUCCUAGACACCAAAAACGCAGUCCUAACCUCAGCUCUUUCCAAGAGAUGGAGAUUCUUCUGGAAUUCUGUCCCUCACCUUAACUUUGACAGAGAAUCCUUUGAUGAAUUCACUUCUUUCAAGAAUUUCGUGCUUACUGUCUUGCAACAACGGCAACAUGAUUCAAAGAUAUGCAGAGAAAACUGGGAGAAAGUCCUUUGGAGAGCUAUGGCCAAGGAAUAA